ACACACGUACAGUACACAGCGUGGACUCAGGAGGAGGUUUGUUUACUACGGCAGCAGCACAACGAUGAAAUUAAUUCAUGAGUUCUCCUCGUAUCUCCUCCACCUGCUGCUGCUGGCUGAGCUGUUUGUUCGAUCCUCAUCUCGUCCCACCCCCAGUACCCCCCUCUGCGGCACAUUCAGGUCAAUGAUCCACCAUGUGGACAAACUGAUGAAUUUAUCCAGAAAACUCCACGACCUGACAGAAGAUGAAGUCAAACACUUUGGUGAUGUCCACCACAGGCUGGACAGUCUUCCUGAAAUACAUCACACGUCUGCUGAUAUCAGGCUGUUGCAGGUGAACGAGUCGCUGUCUCAGCUGUAUGCACACACUCAGUCCUUCAAGCUGCACAUAGACUGGCUGAAAACUGCCAGAGAAAAUGUCAGUGCUUCCUCCCAGUCAAUAGAGGGCGCCAGCAGUCACCUCCAGGGGCUGUCCGACUUCCUGAAAGCAUCACUUCAGCAUAUGGGUGAAGAAGCCCCCCAGUCGACGCCCCCCUCCCUUCCCGUCGUCUCUUCAGCUUUCGAUGCCCUCAUAUUUUCUAUGGAGAUGUCGAACCGGCUACAGGUCUUCUGUGACUGGUCUAAAAGAGUCUUACAUCAUAUCAAGAAACAGUCCUGCAGUCAAAAACAUUAAACCAUCAAG